AUGGAAAGGUUUGUCAAGGAAGGCAUGAACAUCAAGGACGUCCCGGAGGUCAUGAACAUCAGCAGUUUCAUCAACGGGCUGAAACAUGCACAACUAUGCGAGAAGCUGGGGGAGGAGUUCCCACACUCAUUUGACAAUCUCAUGGACAGAGUCAGAGACUUUGUCAAAGGCAAAGACACAGUUAGCAAAGCUAAGGAGAUGGACAGCGCGCCCCAAAGAGCCAACCCAGUUGCAAAACCUCCCAAAAAAGGUACACCUUACUCAAGAAAACCAGUUUUUGAUAGAAUGUUUCAUGAUAGAACGAGGCCCUCGUAUUCCCCAUAUCGGCCUCGAGGGAGAGGCUCAUCCCCCUACUAUGACAACUUCACCCCUCUCACCAAAACCCCGAGUGAAAUACUGGCAACUGAGAGGGUGAAGAGCUCCUUCCCAAGACCGCCACCCAUAAAGCCCGGGCCAAAAUCACAACCGAACGAGUAUUGUGACUUUCACAAAGGAUUCGGUCAUAAAACUGAUGAUUGCAUAUAUCUAAAGAGGGAAAUAGAGGCCGCAGUGAAAACGGGCAAACUGGCCCAUUUCGUUAAGGAGAUUAAGGAAGGAGGUGGGGAUCGCAAAUGGAAAGAUGUGCGGGAGCCUGGAAGGGCAGAUGUAGACAUGAUCCGAAGGAGGAAUGAAUUUGAUACCACCAGAAGUGUAAAGGCCAGGAUUCUGGGCUCCUCUGACCGCAUGAAAGCUCCCAUCUUGAUGCCACACCUGGAGGAAAAUGAGGUGCAGCGACUCCCCCUUAACAUCUUAGCCAUAAUAGCUGGCCACAAGGUGGCCAGAAUACAUGUGGAUGGGGGAUCCGGGGUAGAAGUAAUCUAUGAACACUGUUUCCUCAGAUUUGACAGGGACGUAAGAGAUAGACUUGAGGAGGACUCUAUCCCCCUAGUAGGUUUCAAAAACAGUGUGUCACACCCUUUGGGAAAGAUCAAACUCCCAUUUACAGUCAGGGUCAGGGAUCGUGUCCGAACUAUAAACUUAACAUUCACAGUGGUCCGAGCACCCUCAAUAUACAAUGCAAUCCUGGGAAGACCGGGGAUUGGGGACCUGCAAGCACAGGCAUCAACACCGCAUGGAGCUCUAAUGUUCCAAACACCAAAGGGCUUGGCCUGGGUAAAGUCUGCAUAUGAAGUAGUCUCUUCCGUAUCUGAGGGAGAGAUACUUGAGAAAUCCCAAAGGGAAAGGGUCGAAGAAUGGGUCCUUUGUGACAGGUUCCCGGAACAGACAAUCAAAGUGGGAAGUCACCUGAGUGACAAGUGUAAAAGUGCUUUCAAGGAGCUGCUCCUUCUUAACAUAGAUGUGUUUGCAUUUCAACAUGGAGACAUGACAGGAAUUCCAAGGAGCUUGACUGAACACCGGCUCAAUACAUAUACCUGGGCAAAGCCAGUCAGGAAAAAGAAAUGGAGUAUGGGCCCCAGUAAGAGGAGGGCCGCCUGUGAAGAAACCAGGAAGCUGCUUAGAGCCGGAAUAGUAACGGAAGUGAAAUACCCAUCUUGGGUUGCCAACCCGUUUAUGGUCCAGAAGAAAGACGGAGGGUGGAGGUUGUGCAUUUAUUUUCAAGAUUUGAACAAAGCAUGUCCCAAGGACUGCUACCCCCUCCUAGAGAUAGACGUCCAAGUGGACUCCUUAUCCCAGUAUCCCCUGAACUGCUUCUUGGAUGCCUACAAAGGAUACCAUCAAAUACAGAUGUCAAUGGAAGACGAGGAAAAGACCGCCUUCAUCACAGACGAAGGGACAUUUUGCUAUAUCAAAAUGCCCUUCAGACUCAAAAAUUUUGGUGCCACCUAUCAAAGGUUCAUGAAUGCCCUUUUCAGGGAACAACGGGGACGAAACCUGGAGGUAUAUGUUGAUAACAUUGUUAUCAAAAGCUUGACCGAAAUGGCCAUGAUAGAUGACAUAGCCGAGACCAUUCGAACCAUGCAAGAUGUGAAUAUGAAGCUGAACCCUGGGAAAUGCUGCUUCGGGGUAGAAGAAGGAAAAUUCCUGGGAGUAGUAGUUACUAAGGGAGGAAUCAAAGCCAACCCGGAGAAAACUCAAGCCGUGGCCGAAAUGCGAUCCCCCAGGUCCCUAAAAGACAUUCAACAGCUGAAUGGAAGAUUAAUCGCCUUGAACCGUUUUUUGUCAAAGGUAGCUGAUAGGACCCUUCCCUUCAUGAAGGUACUAAAGGACUGCCUCCAAACAGACAGGUAUAGAUGGACCUCUGAGGCAGAAACCGCUUUUCGAGAAAUGAAGGAUUAUAUUUGUAAGCUCCCAGCUCUAGCCACCCCGGUGCCCGGGGAAGAUCUGCUGUUGUAUUUAUCUGCUUCAAAGACAACCAUAAGUGCGGUUAUGAUGGUAGAACGGGAGGAGAAGCACAUACCAAUAUACUUCAUCAGCAGAACCCUCAAAGGUCCUGAGGAACGCUAUAUGCCCCUGGAGAAGUUAGCUUUAGCUCUCGUUUUCGCGUUCCGGAGACUCAGGAGGUACUUCCAGGCACACAAGGUUACCCUAAUAACAGAUUAA